AUGUCGUUGUUCAAGGUCAAGGCCAUCUUCGAGUACGCCUCGCCCCAUGAGGACGAUCUCAACUUCCCCGCCGGCCAGAUCAUCACCGUGACCGACGAGGAGGAUGCCGAUUGGUAUGGCGGAGAAUACGUCGACGACGCCGGUGUCAAGCAAGAGGGCAUCUUCCCUCGCAACUUCGUCGAACGCUACGAGCCCCAAGCUCCGCCCCGCCCAACAAGACCAACCCGCGCCGCCAAGAAGGAGCCCGAACAUGUCGCCGCUCCCGAGCAAGUAGUCUCCCCGGAGCCCGAGCAUGCUCCUGAACCAGUGCGCUCGCCAUCGCCUACUCCUGCUGCUUCCGCUGCUCCGCCUGUGCCUGCACCUGUACCCGCUGCCGAACCCCCGGCGCCCAAGCCCGCUCCGCCCGCACAGGCAUCCGCUCCCCCGCCGCCGGUUCCGCAGGCAGUUCCGCAGCCUGCCGAAGCUCCGAGAGUGCUGUCUCCGCCUCCCAAGCCCGCCCCUACACAACAGCAGCAACAGCAACCCAAGCCCGGCGGACCUCCCCCCGUCGCCGAGAAGCCCUCGAGCUUCAAGGACCGUAUUGCCGCCUUCAACAAAGCCGCGGCCCCUCCUCCUGCUCCCUUCAAGCCUACCGGUUUGAGUUCUGGCGCCAACUUCAUCAAGAAACCCUUUGUUGCGCCUCCUCCCAGCAGAAAUGCUUACAUCCCCCCUCCGCAGCAAGCUCCUGUUGCCAAAAUCUACCGCCGCGAUGAGGAUCCGGAGGUCAGGGAACAAGAGGCUCAAGUCCAGGAGAAUGCUGCCAGGGCAGGUCUCGUCCCCGGUGCUGCCUCAAACGAGGGAGAGGCCGAGGAGGACCAGCCGAAGCCGCUCAGUCUCAAGGAGCGCCUGGCCCUUCUGCAGAAGCAGCAGAUGGAGACGGCUGCUCGACAUGAGGCUAAGAAGGAAAAGCCCAAGAAGCCUGUCAAGAAGAAGGUUGAGACCCACGAAGCCGCCGAGGAGGGCGAACCUGCCGCCGUACCCCUCGAAAGACACGACACCGAAGAAACUGUCAGAAAGUCAAUAGAUGAGUCUCACCAACCACGUGCGCCAGCACCCAGGCGCAAGUCAAACUUCGGCGUUGAGCCCAAUGAUGGCAACGAGGCCGACAUGUCUGGCGCCGGCGAGACAACGGAAGGGCAAGAGGAUCUGACCGAAAAGGAGGAGGUUGAAGAGCACAAGCAUGUUGCUACCGCCGCCAAGCAGGACGAUACCAGGCUUGAUCAGGAAGAGGACGACGAAGAGGAGGAAGAGGAGGAAGAAGAAGAAGAGGAAGAUAUUGACCCGGAGGUCCGGCGUAGGGAGGAACUGCGUGCUAGAAUGGCCAAGAUGUCAGGCGGCAUGGGUUUGCCCGGAAUGCCUGGCAUUUCCCUUUUCGGCGGCCCGCCUCCUAUGCUGCCCAAGAAGAAGAAGCCCGUUCCUGAGAAGGUGGAGGAAUCUGAAGAACAGCCCACUUCUCCGGUUCAGCGUGCGCCUCCUAUCCCGACCAUGAUGGCUCUUCCUGGUAUGUCCCGGGUACCGGAACCUGUGCGUUCCCCUGAAGCCGAGGAGCCCCGUUCACCGUUGCAUGCGCCGCCGCCGCCUGCUCGUCCUCCUCAGCAGGCUGAGCCGGAGCAGCCGGUGUCUGAAGAGGAAGAAGAGGAAGAGGAGGAGACUGAGGCCCCUACACCGCAUCAGGCACCGUCAUUGCCUUCGAGGGAUCCCGGUGUACCGCCUCCUGUGCCCGGUGGAAGACCAGCUCCGCCUCCUGUUCCUACCGAGGCCCGUCCUCCUCCCCUGCCUCCGACUGCAUCGGCCACAUUCUCGCCCAGUGAAGGCUCUGCAUCGGAUGACGAGCUAUCGGAAAGACCACAGGAUGAGUCUGAUACUCCGCGCCCCGCUGAGACGUCGCGUACCACCCGGGCUCCGCCGCCCCUUCCGGCUCUUGCUCCGCCGACACCGCAGAUGCCUCCUCCGCCCGUAUCACCGCCAACCUCACCAGGUAUCGCACAGGGUAGACGCCAGUCGUACUACGAGGCAUCACCCAUGUCCCCUCCGCUCCCUCCUGCUUCACCGUCAGCCAAGGGUGAAAGUCGCUUGCCUCCUCCGAUUCCCGGUAUGGUCCCGAUGACCCGGGCUCCUCCCCCUCCCCCGGCAGCACCACCAAGGACGCCGACUACGGAAUCUUUCCAUCAACGCCAACCCUUGUCUCCCGGAAGGGCCAAUGACAACGAAGAAGUGGAAGCAGAGAUUACCGAGUACGAAGGUGAUUACGAUACGGACAUUGCUUCCUCUGUUCCCCAUAAGGAUGCACUGAAGUCUCACCAACGUGAUGCGAGCUUUGAUGGCCCCACGUCGCCACGGUCACCCGUGUCCCGCCCACCUCCUCUUCCCCCGACAUCACCACCGAGAGCCGGCCCCCCUCCUGUUCCACUCAUGUCUCCAGUAGAGACCCGUAAGUCUGUCGACGUGCCACGUGCGGCGCCUCCACCUCCUCCGAUGCAAGAGAUGCCUAGGUACGAGGAAGGGGACUUCGACCCCUACAACUACUCAUUGCCGACUCACGGAACGUCCUCGAUACCCUCAUUCCCCUUGCCCACUUCGCCUCUGUCUGAGCCAUACUCUCCUCAAAACACAAGAGCUCCUCCCCUGGGACCUCCCGGCAGUGGUCGCCCUUCAACCCGACAGUCGAUGGAUGUUGCGCGUUCCAAUGUCCGGCGGUCGGUAGAUGUGACGCGGCCGUCAAUGGAGUCAGGCUUCGUUGCUAACGACAUCGACCUGGCCAGCCAGUCGACUUGGUGGCUGCAGCCCAACAGCCUUCCUCCACCGCUUCACGGACGCAAGGAUAUCCUCCAUGAGUCUGAGGAGUCUACUGCUUCCGAUCCCCACUCCGGCAAGACCAUCGUUACCCGCGACAUUUACGUCUUGUUCCAGGAUUACUCCCAGACCGUGAUCACCGUUCGCUUCAACCCUCAUGAUCCGGCCGACGUUGAGCUCGAGCAGCGUCACGAACCCCCGCCCCGUACUUUGCGUCAAGACCAGCUUGAACAGAGCUACGAGCGUUUCGGACGCGCCAUCAGUGAGGCCGUGUCUGGCAGGAAGGACACUGUCGUCGGCGAUGGCACUCCCCAAGCGCUGAUCUUCGAACUUCUCCGCCCCUUCAAGGACGCCCUCCUGCCCGUCGGCACGCGCGCUUACGGCGCCCUGGUGUACUCCAACCUGGCCAACGCGAGCACCACUCAAAACGACGAGAUCCGGCCCGGCGACAUCAUCUCCAUCAGAAACGCAAAGUUCCAGGGCAAGCACGGCGCCAUGCAUGCCAAGUAUACCAUGGAGGUCGGCAAGCCGGACCACGUCGGUAUCGUGGCCGAGUGGGAUGGCACCAAGAAGAAGGUCAGGGCUUGGGAGCAAGGACGGGAGAGCAAGAAGGUCAAGGUCGAGAGCUUCAAGCUUGAUGAUUUGAGGUCUGGCGAGGUCAAGAUCUGGAGAGUCAUGCCCAGGAGCUGGGUCGGCUGGGAGGGAGGAAACUAG